GUCAAUAUACAAGGGAUUGUGGUAAUGUUGAAAUUUUGGCAGAAGUGAAUAAUCUUAAUGAAAGUUUCAACUGGACAUCUAUAGUACACAAUAAACACAAUAAUAGCGAUGAUAACAUGUUCUAUGACAUUUAUUGUGAUGAUACUUAUAACGACAUUAAUUACAAUUCUAACACUUGGUCUAAUUCGAUAGGGAGUGAUAAUUUUGAUUCAUAUGCUAAUAAUUUUAAUGAUAACAGUAAGAUAGUUGAAAAUACGAUUUCUUCUGAUGUCACAACUGAAACUUAUGAUACUCUGAUUAGAAAAGAAAAUUCUCCUCUCCCGACAUAUUCAUCACUGAAUUGUGUUUUGUUGCCAAGCAAUGAUGCGAAUGAAACGCAAUCAAAACCGGUAAAGCGUCAGACAAAUUUUGUUUGUCAUGAUUGUGGAGAGGUCCUGAGUACGUGUUAUAAACUGCAAGCUCAUCAACUGAAGGAGCACCACAAAGGAAAACUUUUCAUCUGUAAGCACUGUAUGUUCAGAAGUCCUCGCAAGAAAGAUUUGCAAGCUCAUUGUUUGUCUCAACACGGCGAUCAGCCCACUGGAGUGAAGAUUUAUGUUUGCAGUUGUUGUCAGUACAAAUGUAUUGACAAGUACAGGUUUGAAGAACACGAGGCCAUGCAUUUAGGCAUUCAGAAGUUCAAAUGUUCGUUAUGCGAUAAAGCCUACACAACUCGAAGAGGACUGAAGACUCAUCUGAAGUACCAUAGUGCCAACAAACCAUUCAAAUGCACCAUGUGUACUGCAGAGUUCAAAGUCAAAUCAAAAUUAUCAGAUCACAUGAAACUUAUUCAUUUAGAAAAGGGAUUCAAACCGUACAAGUGCGGUUACUGCGAUCACUUCACUGCCAUACGAGGUAACUGCAACCAGCACAUCAAGAAGAACCACCCUGGAUUGCCCAUCAAGGUUAUCGACACCGUUCCAGGCAGAAAAAAGACGACCGUAAAUUACGACUAUGCGAAUUUAGAAGGGUCAGAUAUUGAUGAACUCGAAGAAAUAAGCUCGAACAUCAAAAAAUCAAACCAUUAACUGGCAUUUCUUAUUUUUAUCCUGUUUAAAUUAUAUUAUAUACUUUUCUUUAUUUAUUGCCGCUGCUUCAUUUGGUGCUAUCAAAAUUAUUUCAAUCUAUUUAUUUGAUUGAUUUAGUUCAAGAUGUCCAUUUUCGCUUACCAGCUGACUGAAUUGACGUGCCUUUUAAACAACAGAGUCUUGUGAAUUUUCGUGAUUCAUCAUAACAAACUUUUUUAUUAAAAGGAACAGAAGAAAACAUUUGAAUGACUGAGAUAAUAAAACCACUUAAAUAAACAUUUGAAAGGUAUUUGUUGAGUGGUGCAUUCAUUACUUGUGCACGUUCAUAAUUCACAUCUACUCUACUAUAUAAUACAUACACCAUUUGAUCAGCUGACUCGAUAGGUGCGGUGCAUCAAUCAAUAACAUUCACGAAUAAUUUAAACAAACUGUUAGAAUAACGUGAUAUAGUUGCAUGUGACUGUUAAUUUCUGAAAAAACUUUUAAGUGUCCAUUUAAGAGUAGAGUUCACACAGCAUAUAAAUGAUUAGUAACCGAGAAAAGGAAACAUUUGAUCAGAAAAGUAUGAAUCAUAAUGAAUAUUUGAAAAAUUUUAAAACCAUUAUUCAUGUAAAUAUGCACAAGUAAACACGCACGCACUCAUACACAUCGAUUUUAUACAAUACAAUAUAUACACGCUUUUUACAGAUAAGAGUGUACAAAAACAAACAUUAUAGUACGAUUCAUCUGAUACAACAAGCAAUAAAUUCGAAAUGCCCCGAAUAUAAAAAGAUCCUCCUACAGUUUUGUUUUUACUCAAUGGUAAGAAGUGCUGCAAAAUUUUCUACAUUACAAGUCUGUAUUGCAUCUCAUGUGGGGUGCACAGGUGGCAAGCCCCGUAAUUCUAAGAAAGUGUGAUGUUUAAGAAUGGUAGCACUGAAAUGUACAGCGUUUGUGUUAGGAGGUCAGUCGCGUUUCACGUGUGAAAUUGCGGAAAUGUCAAAUAAAUUAACUCGCUAUUCUAAAUGUCAAUUUAAAAACAUCAAUAAAUAAUAAUAACUAGAUUGAAAAAUGAUUUAACUGGACAGAAUUUAAUUGAAAAGGUCGAUUCAUUUAUAAUACAAUUAACAGUUGAAUGGUUUAAAAUAUAAACAACAUAAGUGAUGA